UGCCGCCAUGCCGCCCUCCGCGAUGCUGCUGCUGCUGCUGCCGCCGCUGCUGGCGGCGCUGGCGGUGCCCGCCCCGGCGGGGGCGGCGGCAGCGGGGGGCUGCGGGCCCUGCGAGCCGGCGCUGUGCCCGGCGCUGCCGGCGCGGGGGUGCCCGCUGGGCCGGGUGCGGGACGCCUGCGGGUGCUGCUGGCAGUGCGGGCGCGGCGAGGGCGAGGCGUGCGGGGCCGCGGGAGGACGCUGCGCUCCGGGCCUCGAGUGCGUGAAGAGCCGGCAGCGCCGCAAGGCGAAGAGCGGACCGGGGCUCCCCGCCGCCGGCCCGACCGGCGUGUGCCUCUGCAAGAGCCGCUACCCGGUGUGCGGCAGCGACGGGCUCACCUACGGCAGCGGCUGCCAGCUCCGCGCCGCCAGCCUGCGCGCACAGAGCCGCGGGGAGCCCGCCAUCAGCCAGCGCAGCAAGGGAGCCUGCGAGCAAGGACCCUCCAUCGUGACUCCUCCUAAGGACAUCUGGAAUGUGACAGGAGCACAGAUCUACCUGAGCUGUGAAGUCAUUGGCAUCCCAACCCCUGUCCUCAUCUGGAACAAGAUAAUUCGAGGACAGUAUGGUGUCCAGAGGAUGGAGCUCCUGCCUGGAGACCGGGAGAACUUGGCUAUCCAGACCCGAGGGGGCCCUGAGAAACACGAAGUGACGGGCUGGGUGCUCAUAUCCCCUCUGAGCAAAGAAGAUGCUGGGGAAUAUGAGUGCCAUGCGUCAAACGCCAAAGGAGAGGCAACAGCUUCUGCAAAAAUCCACGUUGUGGAAACUCUGCAUGAAAUUGCUCUGACCAAAGGUUGAUGAUGGUGCAGAGCUGUGAUGUGAGGACUUUCACUUACGCACAGUUUUAAAUUAGUAUUUUGGAAAGCUGCAAGCUCUGGCUUUUUCUAGCUGACUAAUCAUUCCCUCUUAACUCCCUUGUUCUUUGACUCCCAAUUUGCUUGCACACUUCUUUCACAGAUGCACAAAUAAAGAGAUUCACAAGUUUGAUUACAAAUUUUAAUUCUAUUUACAGGAAAUAAACAUACUUUUGAACAGCACAGGGCAGA